UGAAAAGUAAAGCCGGACGUGCCAUGUGGUUUGUUGAGCAUUCCGGGCUCUUAAAAUUCGUGUAGGACAAUACAAUAGCUUCCACUGGACGCGGUUAAACCAUUCAUCAAAACCUAGCAGCAUAGUGUAAUCCGUUUUUGUUUGUACCAACGAUGAGUUUCCGUGGCAGAGGGGGCGGUGGUGGUGGUUUCCGUGGCGGUGCGGGAGGUGGCCGUGGACGAGGUGGUAGCGGUGGAUUCCGCGGUGGCGGCGGCGGUGGCGGUCGCGGAGGAUUCAAUAAUCGCAGCUUUGGAAACCGAGAUGAUGGUCCGAAGAAUAUCGUGCCGCUGGGCUUCUACGAUUAUCCGUGCCAGGAAGAUCUGGUGGCCAAAGUGGAGAUAGAGAAUGUACCAUUCUUUAAUGCACCAAUCUACAUGGAGGGUGAGAAGCAGAUCGGCAAGGUGGACGAAAUAUUUGGCCAUCUGAAGGACUUCUACGUCUCGAUCAAGUUGAUGGACAAUAUGAAGCCGGAUGGAUUCCAGCCGAAGCAGAAACUGUUCAUCGAUUCGGCCAAGUUGCUCCCGUUGGCGCGGUUCCUACCGGGUGGGCAAACCAGAAGACCAGGUGGUCGGGUUGGCAAACCAGGUGGUGGACGCGGAGGUGGCGGUGGCCGAGGCCGCGGUGGUGGUGGUUUCCGCGGUGGUAGAGGUGGUCCUGGUGGAGGCGGUGGUGGGGGUGGUGGCUUCAGAGGACGUGGUGCCGGAGGUGGUGGUGGCCGCGGAGGCGGUGGAUUCCGUGGAGGAAACCGAGGAGGCGGCGGCAACCGAUGGUAACACACGUGAAAGGUGUGCUCCAUGUUCCGGUACUAUCAAUUUGGUGUACAUCUCGAGGUACGCUAUCAAGAGUAAUUUUGUGAAUAAGUGCUUAAUGUUUAAGAUAAAAGAAAAUAUAAGCAACCUAACAUCUUCCUAUCGAAGAUGGCCAACCAUAAA